CCCGCCCGCCUCCCUCGGAAGACUUGGAGGCCAAGGCCGCCAGAGGCGCAGGCUCCUGGCGGCGGGGUGGGGCUGCCCGAGCUAGCCGCCCCAUUUGCAACCCCGGACGAGGCUUUACGCUGGGGCCCCGAGCGCGCGCCGGCUGCUCCCCGAGCACUGUGCUCGAGGCUUGUUCAGGGGCGGGUAGGUAGCGGUCGGUUAAUGAUUUAACCGCUUGCUCGGGACGUUGGAGCAGCGAUCCUGGUCUCUGGCUCCUCCCCAUUCCUGGAGCGCCCCCAGCCGGGGGAACAAAUCUGCCCUCCUAUGUCUGUAGUGUCGCCUGCAGGAACUGCCUCUGUUAAGGGGUCCUCUGGCUGCUGUAGCCCUCUGAUUACCCUGCCUACCCUUUGUGCUUGCUGGACUUCUGAUCUCACCCCACAGCUGCCUGUUACCUUGGGAGUGUCCGCCUCCCCUCCCGGCCGGCACAAUGCCCAUCCUCAAGCAGCUGGUGUCCAGCUCUGUGCACUCCAAGCGCCGUUCCCGGGUGGACCUCACAGCUGAGAUGAUCAGUGCCCCUCUGGGUGACUUCCGCCACACCAUGCACGUGGGCCGGGCUGGAGAUGCCUUCGGGGAUACCUCCUUCCUCACUAGCAAGGCAGGCGAGGCUGACGGGGAGUCCCUCGAUGAUCAAGCUUCCACCUCCUCGUCUUCCAAACGCAGCCUCCUGUCCCGCAAGUUCCGGGGCAGUAAACGGUCACAGUCCGUGACCAGAGGGGACCGGGAGCAGAGAGACAUGCUGGGCUCCCUGCGGGACUCAGCACUGUUUGUCAAGAAUGCCAUGUCCCUGCCACAGCUCAAUGAGAAGGAAGCCACUGAAAAGGGCUCCAGCAAGCUACCCAAGAGCCUGUCAUCCAGCCCUGUGAAGAAAGCAGAUGCUGGAGAUGGUGGCCAGGAAACAGGCUCGGGGGAGGUGGGUCCUCAUCGGAAUGGGGCCACAGGCCCCCACUCUCCUGACCCACUCCUUGACGAGCAGGCCUUUGGAGACCUGACAGAUCUACCCGUUGUGCCCAAGGCCAGCUAUGGGCUGAAACAUGCUGAGUCCAUCAUGUCCUUCCACAUUGACCUGGGGCCCUCCAUGCUGGGCGAUGUCCUCAGCAUCAUGGACAAGGAUGAGUGGGACCCGGAGGAGGAAGAAGGUGGCGGUUACCGUGACAAAGAAGGCCCCGGCAGCAUGGUCCAGGCACCCCCUUUGCUGGAGGUAGCUCCUCCUAUAGGAAGACAGGAAAGCAAGGCCAGCUCGGACCAGACCUCCAUGCUGCCCCCACAUGCUCUGGAGGAUGACGGGUGGGCGGCAGCGGCCCCCAGCCCCAGCUCAGCACGCAGCGUGGGCAGCUAUACCACCCGGGACAGCAGCUCCCUGUCCAGCUGCACCUCAGGCGUCCUGGAGGAGCGCAGCCCAGCUUUCCGAGGCCCAGACAGGGCCCGGGCUGCUGCCCCAAGGCAGCCAGACAAGGAAUUCUCCUUCAUGGAUGAAGAGGAGGAGGAAGAUGAGAUCCGCGUUUGAGCUGGACAGAAAGCUGAUGGUAGCUUCCACAAUUCUGGGCUACAUCUUCUCCCUGCUGCUGCCUUCACGAUGACCUUUGACCUUCCUAUGUAGGUGCAGCUAAGAGCCUCAUAUUGGAGUAGACCCUGGACCUCGGGGACUGGGGUGCCAGGGAGGUAGCAUGGGUACUGAUGGCCUGACUCUGACCUGUCCUUCCUCCACCACAGCAGCCUGGGACAGAGCUGUGUCCCAGCAGGAAUCCAUUCUCCUCUCUCUGGGCCCCUUGCUUCCAGCCUGACCUCAGAUGGAUGCCAGAUGUUAGUCUGUGUUCCCAUAGCGAUGGCAGGGCAGCCGGGUGUGGCCUUCUCGCCAAGGUCAUGGACCCUGGGGACCAGGGAGGUAGGGUGGCCACAUGUCCGGGAUCUUCUUCCACUCCUGGCUCCUCACUGGAAGCCUGGUGCUCUUAGGAUUCAGCUGGAGCAGGGGACAGCCUCAAGCAAUACACUAACCGCAGUCCUUCCGAGGGGCCAGGACGGGGGGGGGGGGGGCAGAAGGAACUCCCCCGGACCCCAGCUUCUUGGGUUUUUAAGAAGGGCCCCUUCCUCGGUGGCACUAGGAGCAGGAAGGGCUUGCUCUGCCCUAUGGGUGCAUUUGUUGGUUGUUCUUACGUUUAAACCGGAGUAGAGCAGUGUUAGUCCCCUCCCAGGGGACUGUAACCCUGUUAGCACGAUUGUCUUGGUGGCACAGUGACUGUUAGCUUACUCCAGUCUGGGUGUACAGACCCCGUCCAGGCUGAACCGUGUGGGGCAGCCGCCACCAGUGUUUGUCCAUGAACCCCACCUCCAUAGCUGUUAACAGCUGAGUGAGGACUAUGUAGGAAAGUUCUGGAAUAUGACCGUUAAAUAAUGCAUUGUUCCCCGAAGUGUGAGCUGUGUUUUGACCAGGUGGUUCCCUCCCCCUGCCCUCCUCUGAAGGAGGCAGGGUCUCCUUCCUUUCUCAACCUCUUUCAACUUGGGGUGGGCAACGGGCCAGGCUUAGCAAGACUGUAUUCAAUUUGAAUUCCAAGUUAAGGAAAGUGGGUUUUUAUUUGUUUGUUUUUUGAGACACGGUCUCUGUAGCCCAAGAUGGCCUCAAACUCAGAGCAAAGCCUCACCCUAGGAGCUGAGGUUACAGGUAUGCACCACGGCUCCUGACUGCUUGUCUGAAAUCUGUUUGCUCGGUUCCUGUAACUCUACCCAGAACAUGAGCAGAAUCAGGGGCCUAAGCCCCAGGGGUGUCUGUGCUGGGAACAGGCUGGCCCACCCCCUGCUCUAGUAUAACCAGUAGGAAUCUGGAGAGAGAGCAAGCUAAAUUACAGCAGGAUUCUAGCCAGAUGAGGGUGGUGGCCUGCCAUGGGCUGCUCUCCUUCCAAAGUCCUCCCAGAUCCUGACCCUGGAACACUCACUGGGCUCCUGACUGGUGCUCCUACGUAGGUAGGCUUUGACAGAGCCACAAACCUGUGCCUCUGGCCAACAGCACACGCCCCCUCCCAAUCUACCUGGUCAUUUCUAGACUCUAAACUUUGUAUUUUUUUUCCCAUGACAUUGAUAAAGCAGUAAGAAAACAUUAAAAUUUCCUCCUAGCACCCCUGGUGUCUGCCU